AUGGUGUACUUAACCGACGUUCCCCUCGGUAAAGAUCACCCUCUAGCCCUCGAAUUAACGGGCUUGAGGACCGCUGUCGCUCGUUUCCAGGAUGAAGCCCACACGGCAUCAGUAAAGCUACAACGUCACUCUCUAGAAACCACGCGUGCACACGACCGCUCUCAACAUCUAGAGCGAGAGAACGCCGCGCUCAAAGCUGAAUUGGCUGUGCUACGCGCUAAUCCACAUCCCGACGUGUCUAACGGCACUCUCAACGCUAAAGCAGCUUCGCAAGUCCAGCAACUUACCCUGUCUCUUCGCCGUCUCUCGGACCAACUUUCAUUGACGGAAGAAAAACUCGCAACGCGUACAGCUGAGCUCACACACGCCAAGUCAGAUGUGGCGAAAGCCAAGUUAACAGCGGAAUCUGCUUAUGAAUUAGCGGCGCGUAUACGAGGGCGGGAGGAAGCUGGGAAAGUUAGGGAGAGGGAGCUGGAGUGGGAGGUCCGCGCUGCGCAGGAGGAGAGUAAGAUGUCGGAUUUGGCCGUGAGGGAGUAUGCUGACCUUACUAGGUCACUGGAGUUGCGGUUGACAAAUUCCGCUGAAAGACCCUCGAUAAAUGAGCAGGCUCCCCCUCCCGUUCCAGAGAAAGACGCGUCCUCGACUUCUGGCUCUAAGAUGGGUGUGGACUUUCGAUUGGAACGCGAAUAUAAUUCGAAACGCCUUCUGACCGACCUCCGGAAGGACAUGGAGGAACUACAGGCUCAACUCGAUCGCAUUCAAGCUGACUUGACUGCUUCAGAGUCAAAACUAGAGGCAGAAAGAAAAGCUGCAGAGUUGGAUCGCACUGAACGCGCCAGAGUCGAGUUUGAGCUUGAAAGGAUGCGCACGGACGAUACAACUGCCGCGAAGAUGGUAUCGCGGUAUAUGAAGUUCUCCCAAACAUCGAACGACACACUCCAAACCUCCCUUUGCGCUCUCCAAGCACGCCAUGCUGCCACCCUCGAUGCGCUCCAUUCACAAAUUUACUCCCUCUCAUCAGAAUUGCACACAGCAGAAUCACAAAAUGAGCACCUGCGAUCGGCAUUAGAUGAACUUGGUGGGGAGAUGAUGAAGGAGAUGUAUGGCAGAAGAAUUGAGGUCGCUUUGCGCAUUAGGAUGCUUAAUCGCGAGGAAAAGAUUCAGGAGGGCCUGAAGAGGUGGCUGAGGAAGAUGGAGGAAGCUGUUUCUCGCUCUCUCCAGACGCCCAACUCGUCAUCCUCGCCUUCUUCAAUCUCAGCUUCCAACGAGUCACAAGCGGGAGCUCACGAUUUACUUUUGGCGUCGUCUCAAGACGCUCGCAUCCUCCUGACUAUUUUAGAAGACGGUCCUGUCACAGAUGACGGUACGCUCUCGAGCUCCCUUGCACGUAUCAUAAUGGCGCAGAACACUAUUGAUCAGCUCGUUGAGGAAUUAACGGGCGAGACGCAGAGGCGGCUAGAGUUAGAGCGCCUGCUCCCAUUCGCAGGCCAAACGCCCGCAUCUGCUUGUGCGAUACCUAUCCACGACGAUGUCGUUGGUUCGCCUUCGGAAUCUAUCAAUUCCACAGACAAAGUGCACACUAACAUAAACGGUCUCGAUCCACCGGUCAUAGACAUCAAUCCCAAGCUUAAGCCUCCAAGCCUUCCUCUUCCAGAUAUGAAGGUUACAAUUUCACCCGAAUCACCUGCUCUCUUCACGGGUGCUACAGUCCAAGCUCCUCUGGCACCACUUGAGGGACAUGUGGCUGACUUUGAGGCAUUGGAGAUAGGCGAGAAUGAGUUAAUUGACGGGUCUCUGUCUUCUGCUUUACAUGGAGAAAUGGUAGCGGAGCAGACGGAGCAGGGGACACCCAUAGCAGAGAUACCAGGGGAUAUUGAGGGACAUCAGCAUCAAAAUGAAGGCGAGGACGAAAAUAAACGUACUACGACCACACUGAUACCUGCCAAUGCUAUCGCCUCAGAGUCCGCUGUUAAUUCCGUAGCUGUGAGCGACGCUUCGCCUCCUCCUUUGACUUGUGGAUCUCUGCAAGCUAACGAUCCUCACAACCCAAAUCCCAUAUCUGCUGAGGACGACGAUCACGGCGAUGACAAACCCACUGAGGUUCAGGCCGAAGUCGAUAUCCAUCGUCCGCUGCCUAUUGAAGUUUCUAUCCCGGAUUCGGGCUUAUCGAAAGACCCGGCGUUCGUCCACAUUCCCGAAGUUCAGGGAUAUGCCUCCUCACUUUUCACCACCUCGGCUCAAAACGUUGGCACAACCUGCGCUGCAACCUCAUCUAAUGUCCAACCGUCUCAUGUAACGCUGGCGUCGCCGUCUGAUUUCGAUAAGAGAUUGGUUGGUAAUGAGAAUGUCGCUGGGAAUGCUAUAUUUGGUGCUCCUGGGGAUAGCGUUCAUGAUAGCGGAAUUUGUGCUGCCCCAUCCUUGGAUACAAAUGGUGGAUCUCUUGACCAAGCAUCUGCAGACGUGUCUAACGAUCUCAAAGGCAGUAUACCGCAUGAUAUCAAUCUCCAUCGGGAAGACCACAAAGUGUCUGUUAGCAACAUUGGCGGCGGAAGCACCGGUCGAACGAAUUCGACUCAUUUUGAAUCUGAGAAGGAGGUGGAAGUGGAGUUGCUAAAUGAACCACCGGUUGUUUCAACACCACAUCCAUUGCUCGCAGAGCUAUCUCGUGUGAGCAAGCGCUAUGACGAACUCCAACGCGCGUUCCGUGAUUGCCAUCUGGCAUUGGAGACACUCAAGGCAUCCUUACCAUCGAGGGCAUCCUCCGGAACAUCACAACAAAAUGUUGUUCAGUUCUCAGAAUCGUCGUCCAAGAUCCCGCCGGAGGUUUUGCAUUCUGCAUUGCAGCGUCUGGAUGAUUUCACUGAAGAUGCUAGGGUCGAAUUAGAAAUCAAGACGAGUGAUGAGAGACUGCUUGCUAGAGGAUAUGAAACGCUGUUAUUUGUCCCGGGUGCCCUGUCCUCCUCCUCAGACCUAUCAUCGAUUGAAGACGGUCACGAUCGUGAUUCAAUGCCCACCCAGUCAGAGACGGAAUUACAGAUCCUUGCCUUCAUCUCAGGCACUGAUAUCAAUGUUAAAAAGAAUCAAGAGACCUUUGCGCGGAAGCUACAAGAUGUACAGCAUGAUAUUGCCGCCCUCAAACAAGCCUUACACGAGCCCGAAAUUAUCACUCCUUCACUUACUCUUUCGGCUACACCAUCUAAUGGAGGCGGAUGGACGUCUUGGAUUCGAAGUCCAAGCUCCAGCUCCAGUUUAGGGACGCCCCGCUCUGCUAGUGCAGCUCUGUCACCAACUUUUGGGAAUAUCAUGACGAGCCCUAGGCUACGACAGUCUCCAUCAAUGAAUUUCCCUCAAAAGAAUGUUGGUGUAGAUCCGCUAGCGAGUUUGGGAUUGAGAAUUCCGAUGCCCAAGUUCAGCGUCGCUCCUGGAACGGGCCUUGGUGAACAGGCACAGCAACCCUCAACAAAAAUGGUGAGGACAGUGUCAACGAUGUAUAUGCUUGGUCUUGGGGCCCCUCCUGGGAUGAGCCCAAGAAUUGCGAGCGGGGGGACGUUGGGCCUUCGAGAUAUCACGUCUCCAACAAAGAUGCGACCCAUGGUGGUGAGCACACCAAGGGUGGGUGAUGAUGAAAGUGAGGUGGAAACUGAUGCAGAGACCUCGGACGAUGGGGAUAAUACUGAUGUUGAGUAA